CUCAUUCUUAACACGCUGUUUUCCCUGGCGGCUCUUCACGUCUUCUCUCCGAGAAGUUUGUUUUGUUUUUUUGUUUAUUUCUGACUUUGCGGGUUCUUCCUACAGGAAUGAAUUACUGAACGUAACUGGACAAGCGAAAUAAUGUGAAAAUGCUGGAACAGGUGUAUGGAUUAUGAACACCCAUCGAUUGCACUUUAUACAUCAACUGAUUGAUUGGUGUUCUCUUCGCAAAAUUUGAAGGACUGGAUAAUUUUUUUUUAACUUUCUUGGGAUCAGUCUCCAGGCUGUGCGACCAUCUAAUAUGACGAAAACGUGUUGAUUCCUCUAUCUUCAAGCGUUGAAACAGACGAGAAAAUAUGGUGUACAUCUUCGUGUGUCUCGUAUCACUGGCCAUAUGCAUCAGAGAAACGACGAGCGACGCCCUACGCGGCGAAAAAGAGGGCUACUACGCUUUUGAGGAGGCGCCUUCGCGGUUCAUGAGGCCGCCCCAAGUGCGGAAGCCCCCCUACAUGAUGUCCAACGUUCCGUGCCCAUCCGGGGAAGGGCCCUACAGCAAGAGGCCUUCGCCAAAGUCCACGUUAUGCGGUGAUCUCAACAAGGGUUUUAUCCCCUUGAAUCCACUGGGACAAGACUUCGAUGGACAGCCCUAUCCUUUCGAACUGAUCAAGAAUAAGACGCUGAUUUUCCUUUCAAAGGCCUUGCCUUACCUGAAAGAGGAUCCCAAAAUUCCCAAGGUUGCCAAGAUCGGACAGAAGCGCCCUCUGGUUCAGCAGAACGGUCACGAGUAUCGCAGACAUGGCUACCACAGAGCGAAGCGAGACGCAGCUCCGAGAAACGAAAGCCAGACGUCGACUUCGGAGUACUUAAAUGACAUCUCGGACAAUCAUACCACCGCGAGACAGAAUUGCGACCAAGGAGGAGCUGCUGGAUUGUUCUGCUCUUUGAGUUCUGCGAUGUCGAACAACAAAAUACCUCUGGCUCUCAUGAGCGCGGUCGCGCAAGGACUGGCUGCCUCCAUGAGCCCCACCACCUCCACCCCCCAAGAAUCGACAACCGUACGUCCAGUCACCCAUUAUUCAUCCGAGACUGGAUCCGGAGGCGAGUCGUCGAUGACGGAGGCUGUCAUCGGCCUUCUGGGCACUCUGGCCAACAUGGGAUUGGGAAAGCCUGGUACUGGUUCUGUGAAAGAUUCCACCAACGAUGAGGAGCCGUCCACUUUGGCCCACGUCAUGUCCGUUUUGACUGGAGCAUCCCCAGGUAGCAGCAGUGCUCUCUCACUGGUUCUGAAGCUGAUGGCCAGCGAGGCCUCUCCGCUGAAGGCUCUGGCUGGAGGAUUCCCUUCUAGAAGAAGGCGGCCAGUCGGGGACGACCAGAUAGCCGCUGAAUCGAACGUUCGAAGGCCCCAAGAGAACGAUUUUGACUUACCUCCAACACCAUGCCCUUCCUCAGAAGAGUAUGUCACUCCUACUUUUGCACGGAAUUAUCAAGGGGUGUGGAAAUAUGUAGUUCAGAUACCACAAGAAGGUUACUUCACGCAGACAGUGCAGCAAACCAAAUGCAUGAAAGGGCGAUGCGACUUCAUGGAUGGAAUUUGUCAUGAAUCUCCGCGCUGGGUCAGCCUGUUGGUAGCGGAGACAUACUACCCGGACACUUUCUUCCCUACCACAUCUACACCCCUACCACCACCGCCACCCGUCGAAGACUUCUACAACUUUCAACAAUACCUAAAGCGACGAGUUGGAGAAGUGGACAGUGAUUCAACUUACCGAGAGAGCACCGCUGCAAAAGGAGAAAAAACAAAGAAACAUCACUGCGACGGCGUGGACCACAUUGGCUGCUACGUUGUCAGGCUGUACUAUGACUGGUUUUUAGUGAACGGCUCGUGCAAAUGUUGGAAACCGUCACCCAAAAGGACAUUGACCCACUAUCGUUAGGUUUGAGAUCAUUCACAAAGCAAGUUCUUCCUAUGGAGGCAAUACUGGCACAUCAGUCAAUGGAUUAUACAAAAACAUUCAGAUUUAUCGCAUAGUGGAUCAUUGUGGAAACGUUUCAGAAACAUUUUCAAUCACAAGUAUUACAAGGCACAUCUAUUUCUAAGCACCUGGCUUUGGUACAACGGUAAACAGUUGAUACAUAAAAUGUGGUACAAAAAUUGUGAACAAUUUGUGUAGAAAAUGUGUUACGGAAACAAUGGACGAUUGGUUGAGGAAAUAUGGUACAGAAACUUCGGAUAACUGAUCCAGAAAAUCUGAUACAACUGCAGCCAGUUGGCACCAGAAAUAUAGGUCAGGAACUGUGGACAGAUAGUACUAAAACUGCGAUACGACUGUGUAUAACCGACCUACGGAAUGUACUAGAAUUGUGGACAAUUGGUGCAGAAGCUGCAGGAAAUUUGCAUAGUUGGAGUAAGAAUUCUCUGGGAUGUCUCAUCUACAAGGAUUGUUGAAGAUACUACAUAAGCUACAAAAAUCUCAUACCAACUUCUAUAUCAACUGUAUUUAUGAGGAUGUAACGGAAACUUUUUGUGAUACAAGAACUGACACAGAGCAUUCAGAGCAUUUACAUAUUUUCCGCGAAGCACUCCUUCGUGUUUCUUACGUCUUUCUUCUAAUGGUAGCUAUACCAUCGUGGUCGCUAUUGUAAGAUUAUGGGCUAGUGGUAAGCUUGGCUUCAGUCAGUGGUAAGCUUGGCUAUCAAUGCUUUAUAAUGUGAGGGCUUAGUAAAUUGUAAGAAACAAAGCCACAUUCACCACUGAGAUUACAAAGUACACUUCAGACUCCCAGACUUAGAAUUCGUAGCAAGGAGGUACAUGCAACGGGAUCAAGGGAGCUGAGAACUGUUGGACUGUCAAAAGACAAUCCGAAACAGACGCGGAAUUUGAAUUUGCUUCAUUGCGAUUGCGAGAGCUUCAUAAAUACAGUCAGCUCUCGAUUUACCUUCGAUAAUGCCGGGGGCAACGUUUAUGACUCAAAAUCUUGGUUCAUUACAAAGCAGUUAAAAUAACACAGAAAGAGAAAUAACUCAUAUUAUAAUUAACAAAAAUUCCUAUUAAUAAUUAAGUCUAGAGAACAAAUUCAUUUGGUUACUUAAUUUAAAUCAUAGUGAAAAUAAAAGGGAAAAUUGUAAAUAAUGAGAAAAUGAAUAUCCUGAAAAAUGAAGAAUUAAGAUAUAAAUGGCAUUCAUAGCAAUAGUUACAUCUGAACUUGAACAACGUCACGGAAUUGAAAUUCGCCUAAAAAUAAAUAAAUAAGUAAGGUCGGUUAUAUUUUCUAUUUAUUAUUGUACAUUGUUUAUAUAUUCAAUAUUAUGUGCAGUUAAAUUAUGGACUGUUAUGAAAUAAAAACAACUCCCAAAUA